AACAUUUAUUUUGUUGAAGUAGAUCAGUGUUGCAAAUUAAAAAAGGAUGUCAGCAUAUUUUCCCCUUAUACUCUUUGGUAGUUUGUUGAUUGAGUGCUAUUUUUGAAAGAGCUGGUAUUUUUAUGGGUAUAAAUGCUAUCAAAAUAAAGCAGUGUGGAAAGUACAUGAUAACAUUCUAAAAAACGCAUUGUCGCAGUACGUAUUAUAACUUGUCCCACCCCUUAUUGCAUCUUUUGAUUUGGUUGUAUAAACUAUGUAGUUAUCUCAAAUUUUAUGGUUCUACUUUUUGAGUUUCUUCUGAAGCAAACCAGAAGGUCUAACAAAAAGGAAGACCAGAACAGUAUGUCGGGCUUGUCGGGGUCCAUUCUUCCUCGGGAUGUAAGGAAGGCUGGAAUUUUAAGAAAGUUGAAAACUAUGAAAAAGAAGUAUUUUGUUUUAAGAACUGAAUCUGAAAGUGGACCUGCUAGACUCGAAUAUUAUGAUAAUGAAAAGAAGUUUAAAGCUGGCAGUACAGCUAAAAGAAGUAUUCCUAUUAAGACUUGUUUUAAUAUUAAUCGCAAAGUAGAUGCCAAGCACAAAUAUGCUAUUGCAUUAUAUACAAAAGAUGACUGUUUUUCUGUGGUUACUGAAAAUGAACAAUCGCAAGAAGAUUGGUUGAAUGCCUUGUUGGAGUUGCAAUUAGAUGGACCUUGCAUGAAUGGUGGGGCAAAACUAAAGCCAAAAUUUGAACAUGUUUGGCAAGUUACCGUUGGCGAUAAAUCAUUAGCUUCCUCAAGAAAUAUGAAAGGUCUCUACAGGCUUUGUUUAACUCCAAGUGCAUUAGCUUUGAUUAAGGUGGACCAAACUGAUAAGCCAGAAACACUGGAAUUUCCUCUUAUGAGUAUUAGAAGAUGCGGACACACCAACAAUUACUUUGUUAUCGAGCUUGGUCGAUCCUCGGUAACUGGGGCUGGUGAACUCUGGUUAGAAACAGAAGAUGUUGUCAUAGCUCAAAACAUGCACGAAGUUACAUUAAAUGCUAUGAAAUCCUGCAGAGAGCAUGAGGAUUUGGGACCAUUAGCUAGGCCUCGAAGUGCUUCAAAUAGUGAAAAUUCUCGACCCAUAGCUACAAGGCGCCCAGUUGCUGUUGUUAGUCCUCAAGCAAUAUCUUAUGGAGGCAUAAGGGAUCGUUGUGAUAGUAUGCCUUCUCGGCCUAGAACUAUUAGUGAAGGUCAAGAAAUUAAUAACAGUAUUUUUCCUUUAAGGGGUUAUUAUGCUCCACCAGGCUAUACAUUAGAUUCUCUGAGGCCUCACAGUGGUUUCUCCAGAACAGUUUCUUACUCUCCUCCUGCACUACCAAAUCCACUCAGUCCUGUUUCGGCCACAUGUUCCACAGAUAGUGCUGGUAGCUCCCUUUCAAUUGACGAGUUUGAUGCUGGGCAGCAAACAGAUUUUGCUCAUAGUCGUUAUAUUCAUAGUCAUCCUACUGAUGGGGCUCUACAUACUGAACCGCCAAUCAAAGAAGAACAAUUAGAUGAAUAUAUGCCUAUGUCAAUAGGAAGUGAUUCUGGUGACAGCUAUUUGCAUAUGGCACCUAUGUCAAGUUCCGCACCUACUGGCCCCAGUGUUUAUUUGAACCUAAACUGUUCCGAUUCUAGUUCCUUGCCUCCAGUGAUUCAGGACAAUGAUUACAUGGAAAUGAAAUCUCCUACUGAAGGUUACAUAAAUAUGAGUCCUGUUGGUGCUACUCUUGAUGUGCAGGGCAACAAGUCUUCGUCGCUUGAUUCUUCUAAUGAUGCUAAUCAAACUAAAGAUGGUUACAUUCAUAUGGCUCCGAUUCGUGAUCAUUAUUCUUCCUCGCUUUCAUCAACUGGACCAGAUGGCUAUCUUGACAUGGCACCCUUGUCUUCUUCAUUGCCAAAAGCUUUCCCUGUGAUUACUAACCAUACUGCUAGCUUGUCAUCACGAAAAGACAGUAGUUCAAAACUAUCCGAGAUUUCUGUGUCUUCUCCAAGCAGCACAAAUCUGGAAGACUUUCCUCUAGAUAAAGUGAAAUCUUUUCUUGCCGAUACUGAUGAUUCGUCAUGCGAUUCAUAUAUUCGUCCAGUUCGUGCUUACUCAAUGGGAAGCCGUCCUCAGCCAAAAAAGACGCAUUUGCCUGUACAGGUCGAUGGCUCACGAAUUCGAGCUUAUUCUGUUGGUAGUCAAGCUUCAGGCCAAAAGAAAAGUAAUCCAUUGGAGCGAGAACUGGGCAAUCUCAUGAGGAUUGAUCCUAGAACUGGAACUAAAUCUUCAAGUGCGCCUCUUUUAAAUAAUAGGCCUCCAAGAAUACGAUCUUCCACUAGUCGAGGAGAUGUGGGGGAAGAUUUAAUGGAGAUUGAUUACAAUAGAAUAAAAUAUACAACGGGUGGAAUCGAUCUUUUGGACUCAAAUUUUACUAUUGAACCUGUUGGCCGUAGUCGCUCUGGCAGUUACUCAUCUUCUCCAAAUAAUGCUAUGAAAUUGUUACACGAUCGUGACAAAGCUAAGUCUCAUUCCACAGGACACAGCUGUAACCCUAACAGUAAUGAUUCAGAAACUCCAAGUGAUUAUUUGUCAAUGUCUCCUAUAUCGGACAACUCAAAAUGUUUAUCAAGGUCAUCAGCUUCAGUCAGCUCUCCAAUUACAGUUUUGAAUCACAAUGCUACAAAAAUGUGUGAGCCUUUGCAUCCCCCUGGUGAUUAUGUGAGCUUGGAUCCGACUUGCACAUACCAAACUAUUAGUAAUAAUAAAAGUAGUGGCAUGUUAAAACCUGCUUCUGGAUCUGUACUUCGACACCAAAGAUCCCGAAGUCCCAGCUCACUUGCAAGUACACCACCUACUGUCAUUUCACACAUAGAAGUGAAAAAUAUCAAAAGUCUGGAUCAAAACAAAGGAGUUGUUGAUAGUAAUUCUCUCACUACUAAACAGUCAAAUUCAGAGCAAAAUGCAUCUUCAGAUUACAUGUGCAUGAAUUACAACCAAAAGUCAACUAAUAGUCAGAUGUCCCCAGAGGGUGGAAUUUUAGAUAAUUCCUGCACUGACCCUGAAACUAAAGAUAGUGCUGAGUUGCUACAAAAUCUCAGCAAUAAUAAGAAAAGCCAUUCUUUACCACCUCUGCAACAAGUGAAAGAAUCAUCUCUACCAUCGUCUCCCACUUCAAAAUCACCACCUAUUCAGUCACAAAACACUUCCUCAGAUAGUGUGGUGCCCAAGACACCACCCCCUUCUCCUUAUUAUGGUGCCAUGCCCAAUGAUCUUUCAGGUGCUCCCUUGGUAGAGAAUGUUGUGAGACGUCUCUCGCAGCCCAGUAACAAGGGAAGCACUCUGUCCGAUCCAAAUUCACGUCCAAACUCUGUCUGUGGCGAGAUCCGUCUGAACUAUGCAUCCUUGGAAUUGCCACCAGCUUCCGAAGAAGACAUCAAAGGCACAGGCACUAAAUUACGAAAGUCAGUUGAUGGUGAAACCAAAGAAGCUCCUCUUACAUAUGCACAAAUAGAUUUUUCUCCAGUGAAACAGAAAUCUUUUCAAGACUCUGAAAAUUUGAGUCAUUUGUAGUGUAUAUAUACUAUAUAUAUAUAUAUAUUUACGUAUAUAUAUUUCUAAAUUCAUUGAUCCAGUGCCUGAUCAUGUGUGCAGUUAAGUUUCUUAUAAAGCAGAAUAAAUUAUGUCUCUUACAUAAUUCAGUAUUACUUCCAGUUGACGCAUUAAUUCAUAGGAAGAAAGAAAAAUAUCAUUAGAUUAGUUAUUUAUAUUCGCCUAAUAGCUUUCUGUAUCAGUUCUUCUAAUUUAGUGUUUAAUUGAAUGCUUUGAUUUUUAGUGCAUAGAAAUAUAUCUGUAUUAAAAUAGUCACUUUGCAGUUUUAUUUUGUUUUUGUGUCAUAGUAAAGUAUCCACUAUCCAUACAAAUUGAAAUUUGACAAUUUUUGCAUACUUUCUUCCUUUCAAAUGCAGUUAUAAACCAGUAUAUUCAAUUUUAUUAAUUCUUAAAAUAUGAUCUUAUUAUCAGAUGCAAAUGAGUUUGAUAAUAAAGAAUUUUGAAUUUAAAAAAAAAUUCUUCUGAGUUGUUACAGAUAUAUUUUUUAUUGAAAAAACUUAAAUGGUUAAGGUUUAUAAAAUAAGAACUUCCAGAAUUAGUACAAUCUAGUGUCUUUUUAAAAAAAAAAAAAAAAAACAUUUCUUUGACUUAAACUACAUAACCAAAACUUUUUAAUUUUCAUUCUGAAACUCUAGUAUUACACUAAUUGCAUUUUCAUCGUAUAAAUAUUUUUAACAAUAAAUAUGAUUUUCAAUUGAAUGUUUUUGAAAGAAUUCAUGUGAUAUUAAGUGAUUUCUUGUAAUAUUUUCAAUUAUUGUAUGCACUCUGUACAAUUCUAGUGAGACCAAGAAGUUAUUCUCUUGAAAUUUAAAAAGUGAUUAAAACUUUUUGUAAUUGAGGGUUCCUUCCAGUGUAUCAUUUAUUUUCAGAUCUCUUUCAAAUGAAAAAAGCAUAACUAGAAGAACUAACCUAUUUACUGUUCCAUUUUUCAUGGGAAUUUGUUUACUAUAUCAAUUAAUAGUCAUACUUUUUUGGUUGCCUGUAGUGUGUGGAUUUUUGAUACUCUACUGCAUUCAGUUCUCAAAUUAUUUGUUUGAUUCACCAUGGUUUGGAAAUAUGUCCUUCUAUAUAUCAUUAGGUGUACUUGUAUAUAUAAUUGGUCUUGGCUUUUUUAUUGUGCCUUAAUAUGUUUUUAAAUAUAACAUUUAAAAAUUUAUUUUUGCUUGAUACAAUUUAUAAAAUAUUUUUUGCAAAUUUGUAAAAUAGGAAAAUAAAAAUAGAGAUUUAACUAAUAUAUAGAGAGCAUAAAUAACAAAUGGAAUUCAGUUCAUAUUACAAAUAAUGUUAAAAAGAUUUAUCUCGAUUGAGUGAUUUAUUUGGUAUGAAAAAUAUAUAAUAAGCAGUAAAUUGUUAAGAUUUUCUCAAAGUGCUUAUAUGUCAAAUAUAAUGUAUUCCUUGCAGACUGUCUUUCAGCAAUGAGAAUGAGAAAUUCUAUAUAGUAGAUUGAAUGAAAAAGUAUUUCUACAUCAAAUUAAUUCAAUUAGUUCUGUCUGAAUUUGUAGAAAUAUUGUUACAAAAAUAGGAAAACCAAAACUGAACAAAAUUAGACUGUUUUACACCUUUACUGUAUGAUUUCCUUCAAGCAAUCUUGUUUUGUUAAUAGAUGUGUAAGCAAGAUGCUGAAGAAGAGUUUGCAUUGUUGCUGAAAAUUACAAAUGGGGAUGGGGGGAGGGCAAGAUCAUUAAAAUUUAAAUGAUGCAGUUUUAAUAAUACAAGCUUGAAUAAGAUUGUGAAGUGAAAAAUUUUAAUUUCAGAUUAUCUAAAAAGUGGAUAUUUGGCAAUAGUAGGAUGAAGCUUUAUACUUUUCUUCUCUCAUGCUAAUGUAGAAUAAAUUAUUUAUAUACUCUAAAAACUGCAUGCAUCUAUUAUAUGAGAAAUAUGGAUUCUGGAGUUUAUUUAAUCAUUUUAUUAUAAUGCAUGUAGUGCUUCAAAAAAGAGAACAGGAAUUCUUCUCUUUUAAUUUAAAAAUGAGCAAAAAUUGCUUACCAACAACUAGAAUUGUAUUGAAUCAUCAGUGGCUAAGAUUUUGAGAAAAAAAACACCUGUCUAAAGUGGCUAUUGAUUUUCAAUCUCAGACCUUGUCUCUUUGACCUAUUAAACAGCAGUUCUCUAUUUUUCAUGGUCAGUUCGAAGAUAAAUAAUUAGUAUUUCUAGAUAUACUUUCUUUAAAAAAUCAUAUGGAAGAUAUUUUUAAGAUUUUGUAAUCCCGAUGUUUAAAAUGUUUACUCAUUUAAAAACUAAUUUUUUUAACCUGAAAGCUGCAAUAUCAAGCUAAUUGGUAGUCGGGGGCUAAUUAAAUAAUUUCCGCAGGUGUUCCAUUUUGUGUAAAAGUGUAAGUGUUUCUCUUCAAAAGGAUAUGUCUUUUUUAACACAUUGUAAUUUAAUAUUUAUAUGUGUAUAUGCAUGUGUUUAUUUUCUCACAAGUAUGAAAGUAUUUACACUAUGCAUAGUUGAAUAUGAAAGAUACCAAUUCCCUGCCCCCAUACAUACAUGAUAUAAAUAUCUUAAAUUUUAUUUUAGAGAUAUAUAUAUGAAAUAAUCUUGUAUACAACCUUUCUGGAGUGAAUGACUUUAUUUCUGGCUUAGCACCAUAAUCUGGCACUGCAUGCAAUUUUCAUACUCAUUAAUCAAAUUGAUGAUAAUUUGUAUAAUUUUGUUUUUUCAUUGUUCUGUUUAGAGAAAACUAUUAAAUGUUUUUCUUUUU